AGUGGAGCAGAGGAAAAGGAGAGGAAACUUUCAGCAGAAUGCUGUCCCUGUCCUCGCAGACCUUACGCUGGGCUGUCAGCAGAAGCUUCGGGAUCAGAGGGAGGGAAGCUGCAGAGGAUGACAGCUCGUGCAGAGGGACGUAGCUCACCUGCAGAGCAGAACCGCGUUUAUACAGUGUAAACAGAGCGGAACCGAAUUCCCACUUUUAAUGCCCGGGCUUUUCCUCACCAGUGAUGAGUUGGCUCCUGUUGUGGAUUCUGACAGCAGCUGGGAUUCAACAGGCCUACUCCUUGAAUUCCACUGCCAUGCCCCCCGCCACGGCCCUCGCCUCUCCGACUCCAGACCCGUACAACGUGACGCGGUACUGCAAGUGGCCCUGCGAGUGUCCCGAGGUGGCGCCCAAGUGCCCCCCUGGCGUCAGCCUCCUCAUGGACGGCUGCGACUGCUGCAAGGCCUGCGCCAGGCAGGUCGGGGAGGAGUGCAACGAGGCCGACACCUGCGACUUCCACAAGGGGCUGUACUGCGACUACAGCUCGGACAAGCCUAGGUACGAAAAAGGAGUGUGCGCAUAUAUGACGGGAACGGGCUGUGAAUAUGACGGCGUGCUCUACCGUAACGGCCAGAGCUUCAAGCCCAGCUGUAAAUACCAGUGUUUGUGCGUGAACGGCGCCAUCGGUUGUGUGUCCCUGUGCUCAGAGUCCCAGCCUCCCAGGGUUUGGUGCCAAAGUCCGCGCAGAGUCAAAGUCCGGGGGCAGUGCUGUGAGCAAUGGAUCUGUGACGAGACAAAGAAAGGACGCAAGACAGCGCCGCGGCACGCAGUGGAGGUUUUUCCAACUGAGAGCUGGCACAAGAACUGCAUCACCCAGACCACCUCAUGGAGCCCCUGCUCCAAGACCUGCGGCCGCGGCCUGUCGUUGAGGAUCUCCAACGCCAACGACCAAUGCGAGCUCGUCCAAGAGUCCCGUCUCUGCAAUCUGAGGCCGUGUGAAGUAGACAUCACCAAGCACAUCAAGCCAGGAAAGAAGUGCCUGAAUAUCUACAGGGAAGAUCAGCCGUCAAACCUCACCAUUUCUGGCUGCACCAGCAAGAAGUGGUACCGACCAAAGUACUGCGGCGUUUGCACCGACGAGCGCUGCUGCAUCCCGUACAAGUCGAAGACCGUCGACGUGGAGUUUGAGUGUCCGAAUGGGACCGGGUUCACUUGGAAGAUAAUGUGGAUCCAGGCGUGCUUCUGCAACCUUAGCUGCAGGAAUCCCAAUGACAUCUUUGCAGAGCUGGAGAGCUACUAUGGUUACCCGGAAGUCGUGAACUAAAAUGCUGCAAUUUGGCAAAGAACACUCCUUUUGUUUUUUUGCUUCCUAAAAGAUAUUUUGAGUUUUUAUAUGUGCAAUCUAUAUUUUUUUUUCUUUUGGAAAAAAAUUGUAAAUAUGAAAUGUGUCUCCAGCACGGAUUCAUGUAGUAAGGAUAUUUGAAGAGGUAAAGCAAUAAAAGCCUAUAUUUAAAGUUUAAUUUAUUUAUGUAGAGUUUCUGAUUAACGUUAUGCAUCUACAUUGGAUUGCUCCCUAAUCAAGCGUCUCCUCAGCCUGAUACACACGUUUUCCUCUUCAUUUUUCGCCCGUUUCUUUGCAAACAAAAAGUAGACAAUAUUUUCUGCCUUUGCAAACAAAUUUACACUUAAGCUAGAAACUGAAUCAAAAAAAGACUUUUUUUUUUAAACUCGUAUGAAAAUGUGAUGUGCAUUUGUAUUCAGCCCCGCAAAAUCUCUAAAUAUUUUGAAGUUUUAGACGUUUUGGAGAGCAUGCCUACCAAACGUGCAAAUCACAGAUUUGGGAAAUACUUCAACCUCAGUCUGGUUGGACAACAUCUAUGACCAUCAAUUUUAAAAGGUCAUAGAGUCUCAGUCAGACUUCGGUCUUUGACUGGAUCUUUCUAAAACAUUAACGGGCUUUGAACUAGCAGACUGCCCCACCCUUUCAACUCCCACUUAAGCUGUGGCUCUGGUGACUGUUUUAUAGCCUAACCGUGCGUUAAACAUCUCUGAAACUUUAUCUGUCUGGUGUAAUCCUUGGUUUUCAUGAAGCCAUUUGUUCAUUGUUCUCAAACACAGCUAUGCGCAUCACAUAAAAUUCAUUGAAGUUCUUUAAGUUCAGCAGCUGCAGAUAUUCUUGCCUGCAUUUUAUCCUUGUCCUUACAAGUACAGAAAGUAAAUCAAUGUUAUAGUUACAUUUUGAAAUAUGCAAUAAUGCAACAAAAGGGAAUCUGUUAUAAGUUUUUUUUAUUGUCAUUUUUUAAUAAAUACAAACCGUUAUAUCAUUUUUAAUGCUAUUUGUUUUUUUUUCCCCCUACAGCAAAAGAGAUGGUUUGUGCAUUGCAUCUUUACAAAGCUGCAUUUAUGUCAUCUGCAAAGUAAUAUGUUGCUGUAGUGCAAGUAAAAUACAGGAAAUGGUAUCGGGUAAGUUCUAUGGCUAUCCUCAUGUUAACAUGUAGACCUCUCCGUCUGCACUCACCCAACAAAUCCAAAAACCACACAGGAGCAUCACAUCUCAAAAGCGAACAAUUUCAUGGCACUUUUUUUUUUUGUUCCUUUGUGCUUCAUUGCAUAGAAAUCGACAUACAUAUAGCUUGGGAGAGGGGG